GAAGAAAGGAAAAAUGGAAGUGGAAGAGGAGGAGGAGCCAAGCCACAAUAUUUAGUCUUGUAUAAUUUCAUGGUAUGAUGGACGCAGCUGAGGUGGGCCUCCGCUGUGGCCAGGCAGUUCAGCCUUGCCGUCAACCCUCCAGGUGAUGAGUGAGUUGCCGGUUGAGCUGGAGUGUCCUGGUAUUGGGGGCUCGUCUGGUAUUGUAGACAACCAUCUGUGUAACCUUUUCGUGAAGAGGUCCGGUGUGACCCCUGGCAGGUUCGUGAUGGUGUCCGGCACAGCGUUGAAGAGGUCCGCAGAAAACAACACGCCGAUUUAUUUGAAGUCAAGGACGGAGAUUAAAACGGCCUUGAAAAACACCACACCUGUUUUGUCCACCGCCAUCACCACCUUUUCCCAGAUCAAGGAAGUGUAUUACAGACUCACACAUAAGGAAGAGGGUUGCGUGGUAGGUGCGUUCACUGGUCUGGGCUGUGUUGGUGCGUGUUCUGAAGAGAUGACUGCAGAAACGCUGGCUGCUGAUGACUACAGCCGCACAGAGGUCCGCAGAAAACAACACGCCGAUUUAUUUGAAGUCACCACACCCGUUUUGUCCACCGCCAUCACCAGCACCAGAACUCGUGGAGACCACACCACAGCUGCAUAUUCCAGCCUUGGAGAAUCUUCUUUGAUAUGCUUAACAGAGACUUGGCUCCAAGAAGAUAAAGAUCCCAACUCUGCCUUUACUUUAGAUGGUUUUACAUUAAUGCGAGGUUACAGGACUGUUGAUUCAGAUAACUUUGAAAUAGUGAGAAUUUAG